UCCUCAUUUUAAGGAACUCUCGUUCCACCGUCUCCGACCGGGUCAACCCAUUAACCCAUCUAUCGACAUGGACCGACCCAGAUUCGUAAUCGAUUCUGCCGAAGUCGAACAAAUGGCCAAACAAUCACGGCAAACGGUGCUCCAUCUCCUGCCGUCGUUGGUCAAAUCCGCCCAGGCCUUAGCCCGUCCGCCAAUCUCGAACUACCACGUCGGCGCCGUCGGGGUCGGCUCAUCGGGUCGGAUCUUUUUUGGAGUCAAUCUGGAAUUCCCGGGUCUCCCUCUCAACCAUUCCGUCCACGCCGAGCAAUUCUUAAUCACCAACCUUUCCCUCAAUGCGGAAUCAUGUCUCAAGUUCCUCGCCGUCUCCGCCGCCCCUUGCGGUCAUUGUCGCCAGUUCCUCCAAGAGCUACGCGCCGCCCCCGAUGUCAACAUCCUCAUAACCGCCACCGAGAAGGAAAAAGAAAACAAAACGAUCAACAAUCGUAACGAUAAAGACAUGCAAUUUGCUCCUUUAUCUUAUUUUUUACCUCACAGGUUCGGCCCCGAUGAUUUGCUGGAAAAAGACGUCCCUCUUCUCCUCGAGCCUCACCGAAACGGCUUGUCGUUUUGCUCCGAUACCCGCAACGGCGAAAUCAACGGCGACGGUGACGAUUCAAAGUACGCGGCUCUGGAAGCGGCGAAUGCAUCCCACGCGCCGUACAGCGGGUGUCCAUCAGGGGCGGCGUUAGUGGACGUGGAAGGGAAGAUAUACAAAGGGUCUUACAUGGAAUCGGCGGCUUAUAACCCCAGUUUACCACCGGUUCAGGCGGCGCUCGUGGCGUACGUCGCGAGCGGUGGCGGCGGAGGGUAUGAGAGGAUCGUUAAGGCUGUUCUGGUGGAGACAGCUGAUGCUGUUAUCAAACAAGAACAUACAGCGAAGCUGCUUUUACAGUGUAUUUCGCCUAAGUGUGAGUUUAAGGUGUUUCAUUGUAACAAAAACAUGUUAAAAUGUGAGUAUCAAGUAUGAUUUAUAUAUUUUUAUAUAUAAAUAUAAUCAUUUGUAAUGGUUUAAAAA